UGCUAGAAGUUUGAGAAGUUGGCAGAGCAGUAUCUCCAAGCCUCUCGUGGGCUUACCUAGUCCAUGAUCAGGAAUUCAUUCAUUCAUUUCUCACGAGUGUAAGGCCCUUCUGGGGCGAAGUGCUCGCUCGCGGCUGGACCAUUGAGCAUAAAAAGUUAAGUGAGUUGCUGAUGGAUGACAUGAUAGACGGCCUGAAAAAGGAGUUCAUCUGUGUGUGCGUUCGAGAUCCACACAGUCACAAAGAGGACUACUGGCACACGCACAUAGACUAUGAGAUCUGCCUAUACACAAACAGCAUGUGCUUCAGGAAGAAAACAUCUUGUGUUCGGCGCCGCUACAGUGAGUUUGUAUGGCUGCGUCAGAGACUACAGGAAAACGAGAUUCUCAUAGACCUUCCCAAACUUCCUCCUUGGAAUCCAUUCUUCAGUUUAAGUAAUACUUGCCAGGUGGCUGAGAGGAUGAAGGGACUGCAGAAGUUCUUGGAGGAUGUACUACAGACCUCCUUGUUCCUGUCGGACAGCCGAGUGCACUUGUUUCUGCAGUCCCAUCUUAACAUCAUGAAGAUUGAUGCAUGUGCCCAAGGACUCACACGCUACACUGUAGAACAAGCAAUCCAGGCCUGCACAUGUGAUCUGUCAAGAUUCCCUUUUGAAGAUGAAGAAGGCAAAAUUGGCUGUGACUCCGACUGUGAAAGCAUCUCGUCUUCUGGUUUGGGUCACAGUAUGGAACCAACGAUGUCUCUUAGCGAAGGUGCGUCUGCCUCUGAUGACCAGGAGGUCUAGUCCAAGGCCAACCCAGAGUAGCUCGUCAGCUGGCUGCAAGCAUGAGGUGGACCAGGGUGCCAUGGUGGACCUGUUCUUGUGUGACCUUGUGUGUUCUUGUGUGACCUUGUGUGGUCAGACAAGUUGGUAAAUGGUCCUGGUUGCUUGCGUACCCUCUCGUUUCCUUAAUUCUUAAUAUGUAGAAUUAUUUGCUGCUGGUAUGUGAUGCUGUCUCAAAAGCCAUGUCAUAGUUUAUUCUGCGUGUUUUGUCAUGGUAAUAACUUUGUCCCUUUUUGCACCCCUUGUGUCCCCCUUUUUUUUUUUUUUAAAGAGAUUUAAUGUCCUCAUUCUUAAUGUUUGAAGACCCAGUAGAGGGCACUUGAAGCUCCUGCUCUUUUUAUUUUGCUCGCAAAGUAUUGUUAAAGGAAUCUGUCUUAAUGUGUUUAUAAAUGAAUGUUUUAACUGCUCAAUGUGCAGGAGCUUCUGAAGAUGAUCGGGAAAAUAAUACAUUUAUUUUUAUCUUAAUUUAAUUUUUGAAAAUAUUUUUAUCGUCACUUAAAUGUGUAUUAUAAAAAUAAAGUGUAUUUAGAAAAAAAAUA